CCUUUACAUUAUUUCUUAGUAGUCAGUGGUGGCAUACACAUUUCAUUGAAAAGGGAAAAUGUAACAAAUCUCGAUUUUAUGGAGAACUGCGGAGGGAAGAAGUUUGAGGAGUUUUUGGAGUGCGCGAUUCCGCCAGGUGAUCGGCUGGUCAGGUAUUCUUUAAAUCCGUGCGCAAAUUGCGGUCCAGAGAUUGGACUGGUGACUGCUAACGCGGAGAUAAUUACACAGCGCAUCAACGGAAAGGAAACUUUGGCGACAGUGAGUGUAAUGGUUAAGGCUUGCACGAAAUGUGACAACUUUCGUCAGCUGUUUCCGAAUGUCCUGGAAGUCGAAAUUUCAUUUUACAAAUACAUCCUACCAGCGUUAAAGCAAUUUGUUGUAGAUCAAGGCGGAUGCAAAGUUCUGGAUUUUUUCCCAAAGUUCCACGGCGUUUUCAGCAGUUCCCAAUCGGACGCAUACGACGAAGAUGCUAUUCUGUUGAUAGAAAACGUCGAAGAACCAGGUCAACAAGUAACAUACCUGCAGUGUCCGGGUUACAAUUUUGAAACCACUAAUAAUAUUCUGCGAGAUCUGGCCAUAUUUCACGCCGUGCCGAUCGCGUUCAAAUCCGUGAAUGCCGACAAAUUCAUCGGCCAAGUCAUACCACAUUUACAAUACCGGAGGACUUACCAAGAUAUGUCGGAAAAGUUGGAGAGUGAACUGCUGGAUAUUGCGAUAAAAGCCGCACGACUUAGUGCAGAAGGUGAAGAGCUGUUGCCCAGAGUUGUAAAAGCCAUCGGAGAUAAUUUGCUUAAUUUCUCCACGAAGGAUUUACAAAUGGAAAGUGAACAGUUUUUGACGAUCAUUCAUAACAAUUUAUAUCUAGAUAACGUGGUGGCUAAAUUUGAAAACGACAUUCAUGUUGAAAACAAAUUUGUCGGUCUCAACAUGCUCGAGUAUGGAUCGUUAGCUAGAGAUUUGGUUUUUGUGCUACUAAUGAGCGUAAAUAUGGAGGUCUUGAAAGAGUCGUAUUGGGAGUUUAUUAGAGGAUACUACAACACAUUUAUUAGUGUCCUUAUGGAACUAAAUUGCGAUACGCACCAGUACACCUUAGAACUACUCCAGGAAGAAAUCAGACGGAUGGGAGGUACAAUGGAAUUUCUUCAUGUAAUGUUGACGACAAGCCAAUUAUAUGGGCAACAGAAGGACGCUCAGCCGAUUGAGGAUGAUACAGAAGUCGAUCUUCUCUCCGAAGUUGAACAGUAUGAACGCUGCUUACAGAGGAUGCACGAAAUUAUACUAUUUUUUGGAAGAGCGUCUUGGAUAUAAAUUUAUAUCUUGUUUUUCGAUGCAUUGUAAUUUUCGAAAGGACACCCCACUGAAUUGAAAGUUUGUUACAUAACCUUACAAAGGAAAUGUGUUUGUUAUGGCUACGAGAAAGACUAAUGCACAUAUUUUUUUAGUUGACGCAAAUGGCUCUCGUUAUUUAAGUAUUUUUUGAACUAAGGUAUAAGUUGUUUCAGAACACACACUGGGAAUUAUUUAAUUAAAUUAACUAACAUAAGAAUAAAUAGGAUAUUAAUUUGUAAAAUUAAAAUAAAAUUGUUUUGAAACCAAACGGAGAUGUAGGU